UGCUCAUGCCGAUCAACGGAAAGAGCCAAAGAUGUUGGCUCGGUCAUGUGGUCAGCUGUGUCCAAUCACAGCUGAUCACAUCUGUCACGCUGACAGUUCGAGAGGAGAGCCGGUAACUGGCAUUCCUCGUAGGGGACAUGUACACUGAUCAUCAGAGCACUGAUGAUCAGUGUACCCUGAUGAUUAGUGUAGCCCAGCAGUGCCACCUGUCAGUGCCCAUCAAUGCCAGCUGUCAGUGCUCGUCAAUGCCACCUGCCAGUGCCCAUCAGUGCCACAUCAAUGCCACAUAUCAGUGCCUACCAGUGCACAUCAAUGUCACAUAUUAGUGCCCAUCUGAGCUGCCUUUCAGUGUCACCUAUCAAUGCUAGUCAUUGCCACCUAUCAGUAGUGCCAGUCAGUGCUGCCUAUCAGUGCCCGUCAGUGCCGCCUAACAGUGCCAUAUAUGAGUGCUGCCUUUCAGUGCCCAUCAGUGAUGCCUGUCAAUGCCCAUCAGUGCCACCUACUAGUGCCUCCUCA